AAAAAAGGUACUUUUUGACAUUGCUUCCCACGUUCAAGUCUACAUAUAUAUCCAAUACAGUAUAAGUAAAGCCCCCAUGAUCUUAUUUCCCUGUGUGAACUUAACCAAAAGCAACCAUCAAGCAACACAAAAACAACUCUUUGUUUGGAAUAUAAUACCAACACAAAGGAUCAAAACUGAAGGAAGAGAUGCCUUCUCUAACAUCUUAGAAUAUCUUCUAGACUUGGUUUCCUCAUCUCUUUUCCCGUCCCCAAUCGGUGUUCUUAUUAUAAACUCAAACAAACUCUUUACAUAUGGCGAACCUGCGAUCCCAUAGUCUAUUUGGAUCUUUCAUUUCUGCUGUCAUUAACUACUGCUUUAGCUAUCAAGCAAGCAAUAGAACCAAAGAAUACUUUAGACACGACGUCAUGCCAAAGGGUCGACGACCUCUUUCUUUACAGACUAUUGAGCUUCAAGUCAGGAUGUGUUGCACCGGAUGCGAGCGGGUAGUCAGAAGUGCCAUCUACAAGCUUAGAGGUGUGGAUUCUGUGGAGGUGGAGCUGGAAUUGGAGAAGGUGACAGUGAUCGGAUACGUGGACCGAAACAAGGUUUUGAAAGCAGUGAGACGUGCGGGAAAGAGGGCUGAGUUUUGGCCAUACCCCGACCCGCCACUAUACUUUACAUCCUCUAGCAACUACUUCAAGGAUACAACUAAUGAAUACAAACAAAGUUACAACUAUUACAGGCAUGGAUACAAUAUCGGCGAAAAGCAUGGAAUUAUUCAUGUUAGCCACAGGGGAGACGACAAAGUUAGUAACAUGUUUAACGAUGACAACGUUAAUGCCUGCACUGUCAUGUAAUCGACAACAUCUUCGUUUCCUGUAGAAUAACUUGGCUUUAAUAUGGAUAAGGAUGUGUGAUCGAUAAUUAAAUAUGCCAGAAGUGCCUACUAGUUAUAUCGUUGUCUUUUCCGUAUAGUAAUCUGAUGCCUAUUCGAAUGAUGCUUAUGGUUAACGUAACGAACGGUAGUUGCAAUGAAAACUUAUGUUUGUUAAA